CCACCAUCUGUUGCAAUGGCAGGAAAGGCGAAGGAAAGCAGAAUCACACUGACGGAGGCACAGAUCAAAGACCUUAAAAAAACCUUUGAAAAAGGAAGUUAUUCGGAGCUCUCUGGCAGACUAGAAGAGACUCUGGCCUCUCUGGAGAAUAUCUGCUUAGAUGUUGGUGUCACUGGGGAGCCUGGUGUUGGCAAGUCCACUUUCAUUAAUGCCUUCCGGGACCUGCACGAGGAUGAUGAGGGUGCUGCUCCUACUGGGAACGUGGCCUCCAAUAAGAACCCUGUGCCGUACUCGCACCCAAAAUAUGCCCAUGUCAUUCUGUGGGACCUGCCAAGUAUUGGCACACCCAAUUUCCACGCUAAAGAUUAUUUAGAGGAUAUCCAAGUCUCCCACUAUGACUUCUUUGUCAUCCUUGCUUCCUCACAGUUCACCUCCCUUCAUGCCAGCCUGGCUCAUUAUCUGAAGAAGUCCGACAAAGACGUCUACUUUGUCCGCUCCAAAGUAGACGAGGACCUGGAGGCAAUACGACAAAACCAACCCGCUGGCUUUAAUGAAGCUGCUGCCCUGGAGAAGCUCCGCGAGGAGUGUGUGCAAGAUCUCAAGGCUGCAGGAGUCAAGUCUCCCAAGAUCUUCCUUAUUUCCAACUUCCUGCUUAGUAGGUAUGACUUUCCCCUCCUUGGGGAGACCCUGUGGAAGGACCUGGAUCUACAAAGGAGCCACUCCUUUCUCCUUGCCACCCCUAACAUCUCCCAUCGCCUCCUGGAAAAAAAGAAGGCCGCCAUGAUAGAGCACUUGUGGCUAGUCUCUGCUGUAGCCUGUGGCCUCCAAGCUGAAUCCAUCCAUGAGAUUUCAGUCAUCUGCAACGUUGACCUCCUGGUCAAGAUGCUUCAGGGUUACUGCAUCAGUUUUGGCUUGGAAGAGUCCUCUCUAAGGAAAGUAGCUGAACAUGCUGCACAACCUGUUGAGCAUCUCAGAUCUCUGGUCAAGUCCCCAUUGGCCAACGAGAUCGCCAAAGAGCAGGUGGUAGAGUUGCUGAUACAGGCUGCCAGCAAGCCGCCAAAGCUCCCAAAAGAACUGGUGACUAUGGCCAGCAUGGGGUUGUCGUUCGCGGUGGUCUAUAAUAUGCUUAAGACCUUUGUGGACAACAUGGCUGGUGAUGCCCACAGAAUCCUCGUUAAAGUGUUUAUGAGCCAGAAGCCCAGAGGGGAAUCAGAGAUAGAAAUCCCAAACGUCUCAGAGACAGAGAGGCCAUCCUUAUAGAGGGCUGAGGUGGCCUUCUUGUUCUAAUGCACAG